AUGACAUCAUUUAAGCUUCUCAUCCAGUUUGCACAGAAUGAAAACCUAGUUCCGCGUCAAAAGUGCUCUCAGCAGUCAAGCCUUCACCCAAGUCAUAGUGAAAAAAGAAAUUACACCUGCUCAAAGCAAAGGUGUGUGCCCCAGAAAGGCCCCGGCGGUUUCGGACAUCGUAAAUCGUCGUCCCCGCGUUGGCCCCUACCUCACUCUGAUGGCCUUGACAAAUUCCCGGUAAGAAUGUGGUUCGUCUCUUUGGUCCCGAGGGCGAAAACAAUUACAGAAAAUAAAGUCGGAGAUCCAGGAAACAUGAAACAGAGGAAAGACCUAUUGAAGUCAUUGUUUUUCUUAACAUUAUGGUUUCAAUGUGUGGUACUGUCUCCUACUCCUAAAUCGUACAUUCGAACAAGUGGCAAACGAGAAAAAGGACUGGGGAUCGCUCGAAUCCCCGAACGAAUAGAAGUCGCCAGCUGCCUUGCUCGAUGCCAACAGACACCCUCUUGUGUCUGUGCCCGAAUAUCAACCACAGGAAAUGGAGUUUGUGAGACUUAUACGAAUACCAGCAACCCCAACGUUUUGAAAACAACUGGAUUUGUGUAUUACGCUGCUGACAUGUAUAAAAAGACCUUAGAAACAGAAAGUCUUGCCCUGGCAAAACCUUCAUACCAGAGUUCCACCUAUCGUCUGAAGAACGUCAAGUACACGGCCGAUCGAGCCAACGACGGCAACCGUAAUGUAGAAGGUUUCUUGCAACCCUACUUUGCCCAUACCAUGGAUGGUCCCGACUCCGAACCCUAUCCUUGGUGGCAGGUGGACAUGGAAGAAGAAUACGUCAUCACAGGAAUCUUUAUCCUGAACAGGAGGAACUGGGCUUUCCGACUGCAUGAUAUCCAAGUGAGAGUCGGCAAUGUGAAACUAUCUAAAAAAUGGGACAAUGAAAUAUUCGAAGAGAAUUCCUUAUGCGGAGAACACGUUGGUGGUGGGAUUGGAGAUGCUGUCGUGAAACAAUUCAUUUGUCUACCAUGUCCCCUACAUGGACGAUACGUCAGCGUUCAGAUUGUCAAGUUCUGCGGCGACUGUCCUGAGAAUGACGCCAAUGUCUUACAGUUAGCAGAAGUGGAUGUCUACGGCUACAAACACAUACCGUGAGAAACGGAACGGAAGUAAUCGCCAACUAGAACAACCGCAAGAAUAUAAGCAAAGCGUUCUUAAUUCUCAAUAACUAAGAAUUAAGAAAUUGAUGAUGUUUUUUUCUGGCGUGUUGAUAAAUUUGAGCCUAUGGUUGUUGUAACAUGAAUAAAAAAAUAUUAGAUUCUCA